UUUUCAAAAUUGGAGACAUUAGGAGUCAAUGGCUUGGAUAAUGUCGAGUUUUUGUUUUCCACAUCCAUGAUUAAAUCUCUCGCACAACUGAGAGAUCUACAAGUAUCUUCUUGCAAGAAGAUGGAGGCGAUCAUUGCGGAGGAAGAAGGGUUUGGAUUGGAAAUAUUUCUGGCAUUCCCAAUGUUAACUAGCUUAAACUUAAAUAAUUUGAAAAGUUUGAUGUGCUUCUCUCGCAAAAAGUGUUCACGAGAAGCUCGGAGUCAGGACCACAUCAAAUCAUACUGCACUACACUCUUCAGUCAAGAGGUUGCAUUUCCUAAAUUGGAGGCAUUAGAUAUCGACAGCUUGGAUAAUAUUGAGAUGAUAUGGGAUAAUAAAAUUGCUGCGGAUUCUUUCCCCAAGCUAAAAACCCUUUGUGUGGUUGACUGCAAUAAGCUUGUGAGCAUACUUCGUUCUUUCAUUCUAAGACGGCUCUUGAGCCUGGAAAGUUUGGAUGCAAGAAGUUGUGGUUUGCUUGAAGUUGUUUUUGAACUUCAGACAUUGAAUCAUCUAGAUGGACAUCCUAUUCCUCUUCCAUUAAAAGAACUGACGGUAUCAAGUUUACCAAAGCUAAAGUGCAUAUGGGAUAAGGAACUCUACCAUCAAUUUAAAUUCCAAUGUCUACGUUCUAUUAGUGUUUCAAGAUGUGAGAGCCUCACCUCUUUGUUUCCAACCUCAGUAGCUAGAGAUCUAAUCCAACUUGAGAAGUUGGAGAUCAAUGAAUGUGGCAUUGUAGAAAUCAUCGAGAAUGAAGAAGGACUAGUUCCUAGGUUUGUAUUCCCAAUGUUAACCUCCCUCGAGCUUAAGUAUCUGGGAGAGUUGAAGUGCCUUUACACCGGAUCACAUACUUCCCAUUGGCCGGCAUUGAAGACCUUGAUGGUGCAUCGCUGUGACAAAGUGGAGAUACUUGCAUUGCACUCUAAGAAUGAGAUGCCACUUGAUAAACUGCCCUUAUUCUUGAUAGAAAAGGGCGCAUUCCCUAAUCUCCAAGAGUUAGAAUUGGAUUUAUCAAAACGGAUGGAGAUAUGGCAUGGGCAUUUUCAUGAUGGAGAAUACUUUUGCAAGCUUAGUUUGCUUAAGCUUUGUCAUCUCUCUCAAGAGUCUUCAAUAUCCACAUGUCACUUUGUUGAGAGUUUAACCAACUUGGAAGAGCUGGUUGUAUGUGAAUCUUAUCUAGAAGACCCAAGCAGCAAUGAGGAAGCCAUAGAAGGCACAAGUCAUGAGAUGAAAGUAAUAUUAUCCUUUUCAAGAUAUAUUCAACAUUUGCAGACUCUAAAUGUGUCACAUUGUGAUGGGUUAUCAAAAAUGUUCACGCCGACAAUUGCUAAAAAUUUGGUGGCACUCACAAAAUUGAAGAUAAGUAAUUGUAGAAUAUUGACAGAAGUCAUUAAUGAUGAGAACGGUGGGGAGGGGCAUGUGGUGGCUUUCAAUCAAUUGAAUUAUAUGGAGCUUGAUGGGUUGACAGGGUUGAGAAGUUUCAGCUCAGGUGGAUACACUUUGAUGUUCCCGCUCUUGGAAGAUAUCAUUGUGACUAGAUGUCCCAACAUGAAAUUUUUCUCUCAAGGACCAAUGGAGGCAUCAAAGUUAAAGAGAGUUCAAGUAUCAAAGGAAGCGUGGUUUUGGGCAAGAAACCUCAACAUCACCAUCCAUAAUAUGUUUGAAGAAAUGGGCACGUUUGCUGGAGUAGAGAAAAUGCUACUAUCUGAGUUCCCUGGGUUGAUUGGAAAAUGGCAUAACGAACUUAAUCCCAUCAAGUCGUUUUGGCAACUAAAAUCAGUGGUGGUAGAUAAAUGUCCAUCAUUUAUUAACAUUAUUCCAUACAGAUUGAUGCUAGUCUUAGACAAUUUGAGCUAUUUGCAAGUGCACGAUUGCAAGUUGCUCGAAGAAAUAUUUGAUUUGGAAGGGCUGGAGGCUGUGGAAAGCACUCGAGUACUGCCUAAGCUACGGGAAUUGAACUUGGCCAAUCUACCAAAAUUGAGGCAACUAUGGAACAAAGAUCUUCAAGAAUCAAUACACUUCAAUUCUCGAGGUACUCUUAUCCUAUAUAAUUGCAGCAACUUGGGACAUGCUUUCGCUCCAUUGAUGGCUCGGUGCCUCGCCAAUCUUGAACGGAUGGAAAUAAAGGAGUGUAGUCAAAUGGAAGGAGUGAUCGUAGAGGAAGAAGGAGAGGGAAGCGCAAUGAAGAAGAUUACAUUCCCAAAGCUCCAGCAGAUGACGAUGGAAUACUUGCCCAAUUUGACUUGUUUCCUCUUGGGAAAAAAUCAAAUGCUGGAAUGCCCCAAAUUAGAAAGGAUGAUAAUUGCCCAUUGCCCCAAGAUGGAAAGUUUGAUUGGGCAAUCUCAAAUGGAGGAUGACCACGGCACCCCUUCAUUUUUCACUUCCCAGCCGCCCGACCUCCACCCCUCCUUCGAUGUCACCAACGGCGGAGUUACUGGCACCUUGAUUAGGCUGACCCCCGUUAUGUCCAAGCCGAGCAUGGCCGACUUCCUCUGUUUUGUUCGUCUCAUCGUCCUACAGAUCUCGAAUCUGGCCAUCCAUAGCAACGAAGUUGCAGAUCUAGAAGUUGACCACCGUCGCCCACAUCCAUGGACGAGCGGCUGUCGCUAG